AAAGAAACAUAAAUCUUACCUAGAGAGAUAAUCUCUACAAAAUUGUUUUUCGGGAUAUUUUUUUAAGAAAUGAGAGGAGGUCAACGACUAAAAACAACUUGCUGAAUAUAUAAAAAAUUUCUGCUCAGUGGAGAUAUUAUUUGUUUUACAUUAAUUUAUGUUUCAUUUAAAAGCAUUAUUAUAUAAUUAAAUUUCUUGCACAAACAGAGAAUAUUAUAUAGUCAAGACUCAAGAGAGUAAUAAACAGUUUCAUUAAAUAAAAUAGUGAAAAAAUUGAAGAUGUGUUCGUGUUCGUGGAGCGGAGGACAACGUAGUUGGUUUCCGCGUGCUAUACGAGACAGAUAACUUCUAGAGAGAGAAACAAAGAUCGAGACAAAAAAAAAAACUUAAAAGGAUUUGAACGGAGAAGACGAGGAAAACCAAAGACAGAACUCUAACCUUGAGAGAGAGAGAGAGAGAGAGAGAAAGAAAAUGUCGUUCCGCAGCAUAGUUCGUGAUGUGAGAGACAGUAUUGGAAGUCUGUCGAGGCGUAGUUUCGACUUUAAGCUAAGCAGCUUGCACAAAGAAGGUGGGAAAUCUCGUGGCUCGGUUCAAGAUUCUCAUGAAGAACAACUUGUAGUAACGAUUCAAGAAACCCCGUGGGCGAAUCUACCUCCAGAGUUAUUGCGCGAUGUGAUCAAAAGACUUGAAGAGAGCGAAAGUGUGUGGCCUGCUCGUAGACAUGUGGUUGCUUGUGCUUCUGUGUGCAGGUCAUGGAGAGAUAUGUGCAAAGAGAUUGUUCAAAGUCCCGAGCUCUCGGGCAAAAUCACAUUUCCUGUUUCGCUUAAACAGCCGGGACCAAGAGAUGCAACAAUGCAAUGCUUUAUCAAAAGGGAUAAAUCUAACUUGACUUAUCAUUUAUACCUUUGUCUCAGUCCUGCUUUGUUGGUUGAGAAUGGAAAGUUCCUUCUUUCUGCAAAACGCAUAAGAAGAACUACUUACACCGAGUACGUGAUCUCUAUGCACGCCGACACCAUUUCGAGAUCAAGCAAUACUUACAUUGGCAAAAUCAGGUCUAAUUUUCUGGGGACGAAGUUCGUAAUAUACGAUACACAACCUGCAUACAACAGCAACACCGCUCGAGUGGUCCAACCGGUAGGCCUUAGCCGCAGAUUUUACUCAAAGAGAGUCUCUCCCAAAGUACCGGGUGGGAGCUACAAAAUUGCGCAGGUUUCUUAUGAGCUAAACGUUCUUGGUACUCGCGGUCCAAGGAGAAUGCAUUGUGCGAUGAACUCAAUUCCCGCCUCUUCCCUCGCUGAAGGCGGAACCGUGCCUGGACAGCCCGAUAUCAUUGUCCCGCGCUCUAUUCUCGACGAAUCGUUCCGCAGUAUUACCUCCUCCUCGUCAAGAAAAAUCACUUACGAUUACUCGAACGAUUUUAGUAGCGCACGGUUUUCCGACAUUCUCGGCCCGUUAGGCGAGGACGAAGAAGCGGUAUUAGAAGAAGGGAAAGAGCGGAAUUUGCCACCGCUUGUGCUUAAGAACAAGCCGCCGAGGUGGCAUGAACAGCUUCAAUGCUGGUGUUUAAACUUCAGGGGACGAGUAACUGUCGCAUCAGUUAAGAACUUUCAGCUGAUUGCUGCAAACCAACCUCAGCCCCAGCCUCAACCGCAACCUCAACCUCAAAUUCAGCCUCUAACUCAGCCGCAACCGUCGGGUCAGACCGAUGGUCCCGACAAGAUCAUAUUGCAGUUUGGUAAAGUGGGAAAAGACAUGUUCACGAUGGAUUUCCGGUAUCCGCUCUCAGCGUUUCAAGCUUUCGCUAUCUGUUUAAGCAGUUUCGAUACAAAACUCGCCUGCGAAUAAGUCAAAAAGUCAGCUUUGUAUGUAAUGUUCUCAGAUUUGCUUUGGAGAUUCUUGUUUCGUGGUGUUUUAUUUUUCACCGAGAAUCUCAGAAUUAGAUUUGUUUUAAAGCUUUCAUUUAUUCUGAUCUGCUUAUGUUGUUUAUUGGUGCAACCAAAAAGUUAAUUCUGAGUUUGGUUUUUCAAAUCCAUAAUUUGAUUUGUAUU